GGGGCAGCACUGCAGCAGUGCGCUUCUCGAGCUGUCUCCGGUAAUGUUCCAUAGGAUACGCACGCCCCUCUCCGCCCCUGCCGCGAGACAGGUGGUUGGACUAUAUGCCUUCAUCCUCGAGCGCGCCCUCUUAGAAUAAGAAAUAUCUGUUGACAGCCGGGGAAGGGUCGGUUGGCGCGAGCGCGUCCCCGAUGGACUUCCAGCGUGUGACCUCCGCGAUCACCGGGCGGAUAGCGGGAGAGGAACGCACGAGGAGAGCCCCGCCGAUCUACUACCAAAUGUUUCCCAGCGAGCUGCCGUUCACGGGAGGAGGUCCACCGACAGAGGCAUGAGAUGCGCGAGUAGAAAGUUGACACGAUUAUCGGUGGGGGAAUUUUAAUCCGAGAGAGGCGGCUGGAUCUUCUUUCUUUUUUUGACAAUUCCCCGGUCUGGAAAGUUCCCUUGGGGGUUGUGUUGUGUGUGUGAGUGAGCGUGUGUGUGUGUGUGACAGAGAGCGGUUCAUUAUGGCUUCAGGCGCCGGUAAGGCUGCACAGCCCCCCGGGCCGGGCUCCGCCGUUAACGGGACUGCGGCAGAGUUCGCGAACAUCGAGCAGGAGCUGUACGACUACCAGAUGCACAGCAAGAUGUGCAAGAAGAUCGCUCAGCUCACCAAGGUGAUUUAUUCUCUGAACAUGAAGAAUGAGGAGCAGGAGGGGGCCCUGCAGGCCUUGAGCCACGCCCACCACGAGGAGCUGCACCGCAUCCUGAUGGAGACGUGUCACGAAGGGGAGGGCUCGGCGAUCAGGACGCGUCUCCUCGAGCUGCAGGAGUCUCUGGAUGAGCAGCAUAGGGUUGGAGCCCAGGUGCAGGCAGACUUUGAGUGCUUUCGCAUUCAGGCGGAGGAGAGGGAGCGUGAAACUGAGCUGGAGCUGAGAAAAGAGUUUAAGGAGAGGCUGCAGGCUGCAGAGGAAGAGCUCCAGGAGGCCAAGGCCCACAUCGGCGAUGCCCAGGAGGAGAAUCUGCGACUGAGCAAAGAACUGGAGAAGGCCGCGGAGCAGAUCCAGGAGCUGGACGCCAAAUGUGAGGAGCUACAGAAAGCGGCUGACGAGGAGACGCAGAGCAAAGAGGAGCGGAGGCAGAGGGAGGACGAGGAGAAGAAGAAAGAGGAGGAGGAGAGAGAAACAGAGGAGCGGGAGGACCUGGAAAGAGUGAAAGCGCUCCUGGAGGAGGUGAAGGCGCUGAAGGAGGAGAGCGAUCGAGCCGAGGAGGAGAAGAGGCGGGCGGUGAAGGAGGAGAGGGAGCGGUGGGAGCGGAGGACGAACGAUCUGAACGAGGAGAGGGAGGAGAUGAGGAAGAAGAUGGAGGCCGAGUGGAGGGAGGAGAGGCAGAGGUGGGAGGAGAGGGAGGAGGAGGAGAAGAAAGGGAUGCACAGCGCCCUGCGAGAGAGAGUGAAGAGGGCUGAGGCGGAGGUGGAAAGUCACCUGGAGAGGCAGGCGGAGAGCAAGAGGAACACAGUGAAGCUGCAAGAGCGAAUACAGGACCUGGAGGAGGAGCUGGAGCUGGAUCGGAAGCGUGUGUCCGAGGCGGAGGGCGUGGUGAAAAGAGCGGAGGAGGAGCUGGCGGUGGCCAAGGAGAGGCUGCUGCUGCAGGAGGACGAGCUGCAGAGCAGGGCAGAGGAGCUGCUGAAUCGCGGAGGCUGUGAUGUGUGUGUUUGCGCUGAAGUGGAAGAAAUGAGGAGCCAGGUGAGCCGACUGCAGAGCAGGAACAGAGAGCUGGAGCUGCAGAGCAGCGGCCGGAACAGUGACCACGCCCGGCAGAUACGCCAGCAUGCCGAGGCCCUGUCCAGUCUGCGUUCAGAGAUGGUGAGAGCCCAGACGGAGGAGCUGCGCCGCAUCCAAAAACACGCAGACGACGAGAGGGACAAACUGCAGAAGGAGAUAGAAAAAGAGCGAGAAAACCUCCAGAGGGAGCGAGAGCAAGAAAAGGAUCAUUUCGAGAAGGAGAGAGGCAGACUGCAGAGGGAGAGGGAGGAGGAGAAGGAGGCGCUGCACAAAGAGGUGGAGGAGAUCAAAGAACGUCUGAGGAGAGAAAAGGAGGAGGAGGUCGACCGUCAGAGGAAGGAGCUGGAGGUGGAGAGGGUCCGCGUCCGCUCGCAGCUGGACAAGAGCAUCGAGCAGGUCGAGGCGGAGAGAGCCGUCGUGCAGCAGAAGCUGGAGGAGGAGAAGAAGAGGCUGGUGGAGAAGGCCGAGGAGGACAGGAAAAGGUUGAAGGAGCAGGUGAGGAAGGCGAUAGAGGAGGUGAUGAGGAGGCAUGCGGCCGAACUUCACAGCGUCCAGGAAGCUCUGAGCUCGGAGAAGAAGACGAAUCAAGAGGUGUGUGCGCAUUUGGAUGAAGAGAGGAGAACCCACGAGGAGCUCCGCGGCGGGCUGGAGAAGGAACGAGAGGAGCUGAGGACGAGACUGAGAGACGCUACGAAUGAGAUCUGCAGGCUGGAAUCAGUGAUCCAACAGCAAGACAAGAAAGAGAAGGCGGGACCUGAAGCUGCAUCCUCAUGUGGACCACAGUGCUCCCGUCUGGAGGAGGAGCUCCAUCAGACUCGGGCUCGACUGGCUCGGACGCAGGAGGAGGCGGAGAGGCAGCGGGACAGACAGCAGAGAGACAUCGCCUCGCUGAGAGCAGACAAACACCGGCUGGAGGAGAAAGUCCUGGAACAGAGCCGACUGAACACGGAGAGGAGUCUUCUAGAUCAGGGCCAGCGGCACACUGAGGACCGGAUCAGGGCAGAGUGCGAGGAUCGUCUCAGAGCAGAGUUCAGGAUAGAGAUGAACGCCGCCGUCGCUGAGAGCGAGCAGAGAUGGCAGAACAGAGAGCAGGAGCUGCAGACCCAGAUAUCUGAGCUGCAGAGUGAACUGAGCGAGAAGCAGGCGGAGAAAAAAAAGGCGGGCCCGGGAGACGAUAGCCAUGGCAACCCCGAAAUUGACAGGCUGAGGAAAGAGGUCCAAGAAACCAAGGAGAUAAACAAGAAACUGAGAGAGCUGCUGCAGGAGGAGCCCCAAACACAGUCUUCAGCCGAGGAGAGGCACAGUCACACCAUGGCUCUGCAGGCGUUAGAGAGACAGGCGAAAGAAGACGUGCUGUCUGAGAGGAACAGACUACAGACAAUGCACCACCUGGAGCUAGAUAAGCAGCGUGCAGAGUUGACCCAGCAGCACACAGAGUGGAGCAGACAGAUGACCCAGAGACACAUGCAGCAGAUUGAAGACCUACAAGCCCAGCUACAAGCACACACACAGAUGAUGGCUUUGCAACAGGAUCUAAAGCAGCAGAACCAGUAUCAGGUGUUUGAGCGACAGCUGGACGAGAGUCGCUGUGCCAUGCUGGAGCUGCAGAGAGAAAACGCAGCACUGAAGAAGCAAAUAAAGGAAAGGCCGCUUCCGUCAUCUCCGUUCUUCUCCUCGCCUCUUCCCAGGUCAGCGAAGGAGAAUCCCGAAGCCGAGAAGAAAGAAGAGGAAAGCGCGGACCUAGAGAAGAAGAGAGACGCCCAGCUGGAGGAAGAAGCACAACGUCUGAAGGAGGAGGUGGAGAAGCUGAGGGUGGAGAUGGAGAAGCUGGAGGAGUCGCAGAAACACUGGGAGGAGAGGAAGGACGAGGACAUAAAAGAAGAGGAGGUGGACGAGGAGAAGAGGAAGGAGCGGGAGGAGGAGAAGAGGAGAGAGGAGGUGGAGGAGAUCAGGAGGGAGCACAAGAGGGAGAUGCAGAGCUUGGUGACCGAAUACAGCAGCGCCCAGACGCACCUGCAGGCUCGCAUAGUGGCCUUGGAGAACGAAUUUAACUGCAGGCUGCGCGAGCGGGAGGAACGCUGCAGGAGGAGGGAGCCUCGAUGUGACGAGCAGCAGUUGGGGAGACUUCAGGAGAGACUGAGCGAGAGAGACCAGCUCAUCAAACGAUUAGUGGAAGAGAGGCAUCAGCUGCAGCUCCACCCUCCUGUUGCCGGGGACAACAGCACCCUCAGGCAUCGUGACAGCAAGUCCCGCCCCGGGAGCGUCACGCCAACCAUGAGGAGGAAGCGUGUGGAGUCUCCUCCUCGCGUCACCAGCAUACCCAGUGCCGGUACUUACGACAGAAGCAUCUUCCUACCCCAAUCCUCCUCAUCGUCUUCCUCGUCCUCUUCCGUCCAUCAGCACUCCUCUUCGACCCUGCCACACCAGUCCACCUCCCACCCUCAGACCUCCCCCCAUUACUCCACCUCGUCUCUUCCACACAAGCACACCUCCCUCUCCCUCAGCCAACAGUCCUCCCCGUCCGUCCCUCGUUCCACGAGAUCGCGGACGUCCUGCAUCCCUCCCACCCCGGCGCCCACCGCCCCGCUCCCCGUCUGCCCCUCGCCGCAGACGGGCAUCCGCUACGUGUCGCCGUCCUGCCAGGAGCCACAUGCACACCUACAGGCCCAAUCAAUCAGGGGCCCGUAUCUCGAGCAAAGGGGGACAGAGGGGCUAAAACAGGAGUGGUUCACCAAAUACUUCUCCUUCUGAGCACAAAAACACACAACACACACACACACAAACACACACAUACAGCAACUGCAAGUACAUUUCCUCAUAUACAGUUCAUUGCUUCUUAUACACAUCCGUUUGCUUCCCACACACACACACACACACACUUACACACACACAAACAGACAUAACCAUAUAAACAAAACAUAUGGGCUCAUCACCAGCAAGGCCAUCUCAAACAUUGCCUCAAAGCUCAACCAAAAAGUGCUUCUCAAACACAUGCCUGACCUCUUCUCAGAAACAAACAUUGGCCUGCCGGAUCUUGUUUGUAUAGUUUGGAAUGUCUCCAUAACUUUUUAUUUUUUAUUUAAAAAAAAAAAAGCAGUCUUCCUUUUUUUAAAAAAAAAUGCAACCUUUGCUCGAAGUCUCAUCUCAACGAUUUAUUCCAGGCAAAAAUGUACAUUUUAUUAAAAAGUCAAACAAAAACCAAGUGUCUCUUCAAAGUAUGGAAGCAUUACGACGUAUUCAAUCAAGAUCCUCGUCAAAAAAAAAAAAAAGAAAGAAGAAAAAACGGACACACGCGACUCACCAUACCAAAAUGAAGCUUGUUUCAAUGCAAAAAUGUACGAUAACCUUAAUGAAGAAAUUGAAUAAAGUAUUUUGUUUUUG